AUGUCAUACAACGACGAUCGUCGCGAGUACGGCCAGGAGUCUGGCUACGGUGGUCGCGGAGAUGACCGUCGCGAACACCAACAGGGCGGGUAUGGCGGCGGCCGUGACCGUCGCGAAGAAUACAGCCGGCCUCAGGAAGGUGGCUUUGGCGGACCUGCUCUAGGCGACGAAGAGAGGAGAGGUGGAGGAGGAGGCUAUGGCUCUUCUGGCGGUUACGGUGGUGGUGGUGGCGGUGGUGGUGGUGAGCGCAGAGAAGAAUAUGGAAGGCCACAGGAAGGCGGCUACGGUGGCCCAGCACUAGGCGAUGACAGGCGCGAAGACCACGGUGGACGACGACACGAGGGUGGAGGAUACGCCAACGACCGUCCUAGUGGAGGCUACGGGGACGACAGGCGUCAAGAGUCCCGUCCUAGCGGGGGCUACUCAGGCGGCGACAACUACAACGACCGCCCGAGUGGUGGCUAUGGUGAUGACAGGCGUCAGGAAUCCCGUCCAAGCGGUGGCUACUCAGGCGGUGACAACUACAACGACCGUCCCUCAGGAGGCAGCAGCUAUGGAGGCAACGCCGGAGGGUAUGGCGGAUCAGGCAACCAUGGAGGCCAACACUCUUCUGGCACGUCCUACGGCGGCGGCGGUGGCUAUGGUGGUGCCUCGGACGAUUUCUCGGGUGCGGCCCAGCACGCUUCGAGCGAGUCUGGAAACAGCGGCGACAAUGACCUUUUCAGUAAUGUGCUCGGUAUGCUGUCCGGCAAGAAGGACAAACUCAAGGACGAGGAUGUGGAUGAAGACGAUGCAGUCAAGCAGCACGAGAAGUUCUAUGGUGGCGGUGGCCAUGGCGGUAACGAGCAAGCCAGCUCAAACAAUGUCGGCGCUGCUGCCGCUAUGCAAGCCAUGAAGAUGUUCAACAACAGCAGCAACGAGGAUGCCAAGGGCGGACAGAACAAGUUCAUCGGUAUGGCCAUGGGUCAGGCAGCCCAGCUGUUUGACAAGCAACAAAGCGAGGGCAAGACUGAUCCGGCUGCUACUAAGCAAGACGCCAUUGCGCAGGCUGCACAGAUGGCUCUCAAGUUCUACUUGAAGUCGCAGAUGGGCGGAGGCAGCGGUGGAAGCGGCGGUGGUAGCUCUGGAGGCGCUCUCGGCAGCGCGCUCAACAUUGCGAGCAAGUUCAUGAGCAAAUAG